ACAAUGUGUGUGUGUUAGAGAGAGGGAGAGACGAGAGAAAGAAAGGGAAGAGGCGAAAUCUGUAGUAUAUCCGACCGACCCAGUCAGGCCAAGUGCAUCAAGCAGAAAGAGAGAGAGACAUAGAGAAUUAGGAGCGAUCCAGGCAGCGUUCAGCAGCUGCAACCACAAGCCAUUCAAUCGUCCCCAGUCGUACAAGCAAGCACUGAACAUGGCAGGUAUCCUAGCUUGGUUCUGGAACGAGAGGUUUUGGCUGCCCCACAACGUAACCUGGGCAGACCUGAAAAACACGGACGAAGCCACUUUCCCGCAGGCGGAAGAUCUCUACCUGGCCUUUCCUCUGGCUUUCUGCAUUUUUAUGGUUCGACUGAUUUUCGAAAGGUUUAUUGCUAAACCAUGUGCUUUGGGCCUCAAAAUUCAAGCGAAUGGACCGCAGAAAGCUCAGCCAAAUGCUAUCCUGGAAAAAGUCUUUACUGCAAUCACUAAGCAUCCAGAUGAAAAGAGACUAGAAGGGCUUUCCAAACAAUUGGAUUGGGAUGUUCGCACCAUUCAGCGUUGGUUUCGGCAGAGAAGGAACCAGGAGAAGCCCAGCACCCUUACCAAAUUCUGUGAGAGCAUGUGGAAGUUUACAUUUUACCUUUACAUAUUUUCCUAUGGUGUAAGGUUCCUGAAGAAGGCUCCUUGGCUAUGGGAAACAAGGCACUGUUGGUACAGUUAUCCUUACCAGGUUCUAACCUCUGACCUCCAUUAUUAUUACAUUAUGGAGCUGGCAUUCUACUGGUCUUUAAUGUUCUCUCAGUUUACUGAUAUCAAAAGGAAGGACUUUGCCAUUAUGUUUGUGCAUCACCUUGCAACAAUAGCACUUAUAACGUUUUCAUAUGUCAACAACAUGGUACGUGUAGGAACACUGGUCAUGUGCCUUCAUGAUGCAUCUGAUUUUCUUUUAGAGGCAGCUAAAAUGGCAAACUACGCCAAGUGUCAAAGAUUAUGUGACCUCCUGUUCGUAAUGUUCGCCUUGCUCUUCAUUAGUACGAGGCUUGGCCUUUAUCCAAUAUGGAUAUUAAACACUACUUUAUUUGAAAGCUGGGAGAUUGUUGGUCCAUAUCCAUCAUGGUGGAUCUUCAACUUGCUUUUGUUGCUGCUUCAAGUGUUGCAUAGUUUCUGGUCAUAUCUGAUCAUAAGGAUCACUUGCAGAGCUAUUGCUAAAGGAAAGGCUGGGAAAUGGAAUCCUUUACAUGUAUCAAAGGAUGAUCGAAGUGACAUUGAAACCAGCUCGGACGAAGACGAUUCAACACCUUCUGUGUCAAAAAGUGGACAUAACAGCACCACCAAUGGGACAAAUGGCUACCUAAGUGGUGGCGUUUAUUCCGAGGAACAUUAGUUAUUUGUAUGGGAAGUUCUUAUAUAGUGUUGCAACCCUGUUAAUUGUAUGUACGGCACGCACAACCUGAAAAUAUGAUCCAAGAAGUAUUUCACAAAAUGUGUUAUUGAAUGCAUUUUAUCACUUAACUCAGUAUCAGAUGAAGGUUUAGAAAUAUCAAACAUUCUGAUAGUGCACUGCCAUUUACUGUAUGAGAAUGAAUGACAAUAAACAUUAUGUACAUGUAGGCAUGCUAUGUGUGUAUAUGUAGUCUAACUCAAUGGGAAUGGUAUUUUCAUAUGUAUUGUCUUUGUAUAUUACAUUAUUUAUUUUUAUAUGUUUGAGAUUUGUGGUAAAAGGGAAUUUUCAGUGGUUUACUCUGCGACUUAUUCAUUUGGAUGAGUAAAAGCCAUUGUAGAUUAAUUAUGUUGUGCAUAGCUCAAUCUGCUAAAAUUUGUGACCUGUCACAUGUAAUAGGCCACUUCUAGCUCUCAAGUACUGUGGUUUAGCCAGCAGUAGUGAUAUGUUCCAUGCUUUUUUUUUUGGUGUUAUUUCCUUUCAAAAUUUCUAUGAUAUUUGAAAGAGGUCAUUUUGUCCCCAUUGGAAGUAAGCAAAAACUGAAUGCUGGAGGCAAACUGCUAAACUAUAUAGCAAGAUUGCUUUAAAUAUGUUUCUGUGGAACAGUCCAAACACCUUUCAGUUUGUGACAUUGAUAAAUAAAAAAAAUUCUUUCUGCGUAACAUCAAUGCAAAAUGUCACUAUUUUGUUCUUUGUUAUGGUGAAAAGAACCACCUCUAUCGAUACUGGCCUUCAAUGUCCCAAGGAUAAACACUAGCAUAGAAAGAAAGAUCUGGGUAGCUAUCCAGAAAAAGCAUCGUGAGGGUUGAAUAGGCUAGUAUGUGUUUCCUUUAUACUUUGUUGUAAUAAAAUUAAAUGUAAUAUGUAAAUAA